AUGCAAGGAAUUCCCCCGACUCCCCGAUCCGACAACGACGGAAAUGCCAGUCGUGGACCCGAGGCCCCGAGCCAGUGGGCCCAGUCGGAUGGAUGGGUUCCCUACCAGGACCCAAACCCCCAUCCCCAAAAUUGGCACGAGCCACGUCCGACCCCCCGCCCCCAAGAAUGGCCGGAGGAUGUCGACCGGGAUCCCGCUCCAAGCGCCUCACCACGUCAACAGGAGGCGGAGUUCCCACGCCCACCGAAGUGGACCCCGGCACGACCGCCCACGCCACGGUAUGGCCAGGAGGUCCGGGGAGAAGAGCCCGAGGAUAGCAGUCCGGAUUCCGCUCCCAGCCCCCCUCCAAGUCAUCCAGAGGCGGAACACCCCCACCCACCGAAGUGGACUCCGGCUCGGCCGCCCACGCCUCGGCACGGCCAGGAGGUCCAAGAGGAGGAACCGGAGGAACACACCCAGGAGGAGGUUCCCAGACCAGGAGGAGGGGAGGAGCAGUGGCAGUACUGCCGGACAGAGAUCCCGCAGGCCCACGUCGCGCAUGCGCUAAAUGCGUUUGUGGCCGGCGGCGUCCAGUGGCGGCAACACACCGUCACGUGGACCUGGCCUGUCAGCGACGAGGCGAAGACCACGGAGGAGACGGAGACCCCAGCGCAGGACACUCCAAAAGCAAACCCGCGAGACCCCAGGGUGCGCCGCGAAGACGCCAGGUGGUUGCCGCCGACACCGGAGACGGGAGAUGUACUGGAGAAAGGGCCAUGGGUGUGGCCGACACCUACGGACAACCCGAGGCCCAAACUCCAGCGGCAGAUCUCCGCCCCAGAGGCACGCGGCCCAGUGGCCAGGCCCACACUGGUGCGGAUGGCGUCCCGGACAGAGGGCGGAUCCUGGCAGGAUAUCGCCGAGGAGGAGUGGCCAGUUGGUCUAUUGGAGCAGCCGGUGAUCAAACAUGCCAGGCGACGAGGGGGCCGACGCUGCGUGAUGGCAGAGAUAGGCUACAAGAAAUACCGCAUCCGUUUGGCGGCCUCUGGCCAAGUUAGUGUACGCCGUUUCGAUUGCUAG